CUUUUUUUGGGGUUUGACAUUCCCGCCAAAACCUAUCAAAAAACAUCUCCAAUGUCUGCGCCAAAGCGCGCCAACCCAGGCUCAAACAUUGCCAAAUGGCAAAACCACCGCAGCGGGCGCCCCGUCGACUCGAUGGAAGCCUUCCGCCAGUCAUUCACAGAGCGAUGCAAGCAGAACUGGCAGGCUGCGCGAUCUCGAUUUUUCAAUCAACGAAGAGGGCUCGGUGACGACUCCUCCGCCGAAAACGAGCGCACGUCCGAGGGAGCUCCCACAGAACAAGGCGAUGGUCUUGAUGCGUAUUUGUACUCGUUCUUGCAAUCCGAGCUGGCUUCGUAUCGCGCAGGGGCAACCGCAGCACCUGGAACGACGACUGUUGAAGCUUCGUCGGGACUAGCUUCAGCAACCGCGAUGCAACUCGGUACCGCAGACGAGUGCUUUGAUAACUAUGAGGCUGCUCUUGCUCAGUCGACGCGGAGCGCUGCUGAGAAUGAUGAAGACCGGGACUACACGGACGACGAACGUGAAGAGAUCAUGCAGGAAUUUAUGCUUCAGGUCUUGCAGGAGCUCAUCGAGCAAGAACGCGAGCGAAAUCUUGCCUUGUACGACGACUACGAAAAAGCUUUGCAGAGAGAUGAAGCUCCACGACACUCUGCCGACAUCGACAACGAGUUUGACGUUGAGGACGAUGCAGAAUCGGCCGCCUACUUUGAAGAAGCACUCCGGCAAGCCGACUCCACCGUCUGUCCCCUUUGUUGGCAGGGCCAAUUAUCGCAACGGAUGCAAGCCAUCAUGUGCAAUCACUGUGGUUUUGCCAUGGAUACGCAGUUCGAUAGCAUCACCUUACCCCAACUUCAAGCCACUAUCCAUGAGCGACUUCAGGCACACAGUGCUGCUUGUCCUCAGCGGCCCUUCUUCUCCUAUCAAGCAAACGUCGCAGGGUCUUUGCUUCAUCUAAGAUGCAACUAUUGUGAUUGCUUUGAAGUUGUAUAAACGAAGAAUUGUGCUUCAUGUGUCAGUUUGGUGAAUUUUCCAACUGCCUCCCGUU